GAAUUUAUUCGAAAUUUUUGUUUUCGGUAAACAAAAUGAAUUCAAUCCGAUUGAUGACAGGUAUUUUCAAUCGAAAUUUUAUGUUUUUUACCACGAAAAGAAUCCUAAUCCAAUCGAGAACGAAUGCAAAUAGUUCGACAAGUUUAAAAUUUCAAUUUGAUCAACAUUCGAAUGAUAAUCAUCCACUUACUUCGACGACAUUCGAUAAUGAAAAAAUUGAUGAAAAUUUUUUCGAACAAUAUGUUUCACAUGAAUUUCAAAUGUCACGAAUGGAAACGAAAAAAAUCUAUUUUCUUUAUGAUGAUUUAAUACGAAAAAAUUAUCCAACAAAUGAAUCGAUUGUACAUCUUUGUAAAUUUUUAAAAUUAUUUUUCACUGCCAAAGAAAUUCAAUAUAAUCCAAAACCAUUUUUAUUACCAUUUCAACAAUUAUAUAAUCGAACAUUAUUGUUGAAAGAAAUUGGUUUUCGUUCGAUUCAAAUACCGAUGAUCGGUUUAAUCAAUGAAAUACUUAAACUGAAUCUUCUACAAUUACGUAAACAUUUCGAUUAUCCAAUUGAACAAAAUUGUUUUGAUAAAAUGUGUAAACAUUUAGAAAUUUAUGGUGAUACUAAAACCGGUUUAUCUUUACAAAUUGAAAAUUUCUAUGAAAAAUCCAUUGAUCAAAUACCGUUGAAUGAAUUACGUAUUCAAUUAACAGCAUGUUAUCUAUCAAAUUGUUUAAAAAUAUCAAAUAAUCGUUCAUUACAUUUAUGUCGAAAAAAUUCACGUUUAUUAAUGGAAAUCAAUCUAAUGACAAUCAAAAUGAAUAUAACAUUUUUACAGAAUAAUUUUAAUUAUUCUGCAAAUAAAAUUAUUAAUAAUGGAUUAUUUUUAAUGAUAAAUCCGGAAAAUCUUUCACUUAUUACAACAAAAUUACGUUCGAUUGUUGGUGAUCAUCUUUAUGAACAUCUGAUUAUUAUGCCCGAAAUAUUACGAUUAAAUUUCAAUCAAAUUAUACAGAAUUUUGAAUUAAUCAAACAAAAAUGUGAUGGACAAUUUUAUAUUCGUUCAAUUGAUUUAAUAUCAAUGGAUCCCGAACGAUUAAUAUCGAUAUUCAAUUCAAUCGAUUCAAACGAAGAUUUUAAACAAUUAAAUUUACAAAUAUUUGGCCCAGAUUUUCUUGCAUUAAAUUAUCAAAAAAUUCUUAAUCGUAUUGAAAAAUUAAAACAAGAAGAAAUUCCAUUCAAUCGUUUACCAUUAACAUUUUUUACUGUUAAUGAUUUGGAAUUUAAACAUAUGUUAAACGAUCUAAUUAAUGAUCCGGAAUUACGUAUACGAUUUUUUCUUGAAAUACGUUUCGGUAUUCAUGAUUAUAAUCGAAUCAAAAAUCAAUUAUAUCAUAUAUCGAAUGUAAAUACGGAAAAAUAUUCACGAUUGAAUGCAAAUCGUGUUAUUGAAUUUUUAAUUUCAAUGAAUUUUGAUAAAGAACUUAUUAUUGAAUUUGUUUAUCUAAUAUUUUUCGAUUAUAAAUUAGUUAAAGGUGCUUAUUUUUAUCUUUGUAAUCGAAUGGAUCGAUCAUCCGCAACAUCCACAACAUCAACAACGAAUAAACUUUUUUUGAAAAAUCUUGUCGAACAUUUACAAACAACACGUCCUGCUACAAAAAUUUUACAAAAUAUUUCCUAUCAAAAUCUAAUGUCAUAGUUUUUUUUGGGUCAAAAUUUUUUUUUUUUUUAAUUUUUUCAUCAUUAUUUGUUUUUUUUACAAAUUAAUUAGUAUUUACAUAAUAAACAAUUUUAUAAACGGAAAGAGUAGAUAAAAAAAAUAUAUUUACAAUAAAAACAAUCAAAAAAAAGAAGAGAAUCAUUAUCUAUCUUCUUCAUG